AGAAAAGGCACCGGCUGUGACAGCAUUGAGUACCCGAGCCUGGGUCUGUGAUCCCAGCAGGAAACCUUGUCCUGACUGUGUCUGUGUGCUGUAAACGGAAUCUGAGGUGAUGACUCUGAAUGGCAGCAGCAGCCGUGGGGAGGGACAGGAGCGAGAACGCCGUCGGGGCAGCACACCCUGGGGCCCAGCGCCUCUGCUGCAUCGCCGAAGCAUGCCUGUGGAUGAGCGCGACCUGCAGGCGGCGCUAGCUCCCAGAGCUCUGGCAACGGCUGCUGCGGGAAUUGAGACCCAGGGUCCGAGGCUGGACUGGCCCGAGAGCUCUUCUGACUCGCUCAGCUCAGGGGGCAGCGACUCAGAUGAGAGUGUUUACAAGGUGCUGCUGCUGGGGGCGCCUGGCGUGGGCAAGAGCGCUCUGGCGCGUAUCUUCGGUGGUUUAGAGGACGGGCCUGAAGCAGAGGCUGCAGGGUACACGUAUGAUCGCUCCAUUGUGGUGGAUGGAGAAGAGGCAUCGCUCAUGGUCUAUGACAUUUGGGAGCAGGAUGGGUGCCACUGGCUACCUGGCCACUGCAUGACCAUGGGGGAUGCAUAUGUCAUUGUGUACUCAGUGACAGACAAGGGCAGCUUCGAGAAGGCCUCAGAGCUGCGGGUCCAGCUGCGGCGGGCGCGGCAGACAGACGACGUGCCCAUCAUCCUAGUGGGCAACAAGAGCGACCUGGUGCGCUCUCGUGAGGUCUCCUUGGAUGAGGGCCGGGCCUGUGCGGUGGUCUUCGACUGCAAGUUUAUUGAGACCUCAGCUGCACUGCACCACAACGUCCAGGCACUGUUCGAGGGCAUUGUGCGCCAGAUACGCCUGCGCAGGGACAGCAAAGAGGCCAAUGCACGUCGGCAAGCAGGUACAGUGCGGCGAGAGAGCCUUGGCAAGAAGGCGAAGCGCUUCCUGGGCCGCAUUGUAGCUCGCAACAGCCGCAAGAUGGCCUUCCGUGCCAAGUCCAAGUCUUGCCACGACCUCUCAGUGCUCUAGGCCUCAAAGGCACUCACUGUGUUGUGCAGACAGAUGGACAGAUUGGUGGGCUGGCCCAGCAAACUGCCCUAGGUGCCUCAGGACUGGCCCAGACUUGGGUGUCCCCCACAUCAUGGUCAUGGACAGACAGUGCUGCCCGGGGAGGUGGCUUCCACUGGCCAUCGAGGGCUGGGCCCAAAGAGAUGCUUGGGCAGGCCCGUAUGUGUCCCAAGCAGCAGCCUGAACCCAACUCAUGGGAUAGAUCUGUGUGUGGGGCGAGGACUCUGCCCUUCUCUCCACCCAGGUGUGCAUGCCCGGGAGGGUGGC